AGUGCGAGGCUGCUUCUGUUACAUGUGCAGUCUGGGGGUUUGGGUCACGUUGUAAAAUAUAAGUAGUAAAAUGCAUCUGUCAUCGCGAGUAAUAUUGAAAACAUGGUGCAUAAGAGCAUCUCAAAAAAGGUUGAAUGUGCACCAAGUAUGUUUGUAUAUACCUCAGAAGACAGCCAGUCCUUCUCCUGUAUUGUAUAUAGGCCAUAGGCAACACAGUAUGUCAACAGUACGGUCACAAUUACACCAGGAAGGUGUACUACCCCCAGCAGCAGUAGAAGGGGAAGAAAAGCCCAUUUCGGAUAAGAUACAAAGAAUUGUGGAUGAAAUUAGUGGACUCACACUAAAGGAAGUAGCAGAUUUGAAUUCAUUAUUAAAAAAAACUCUAAAUAUAAGUGAUGCCCCAGCUAUGAUGCCAAUGGGCAUGAUGGGAAGUAUGCCAGCCCAACCAGAAGAACCACAGGAAGAGGAAGUAGCAACUCCUGUAGUUGUUACUGCUGUUCAAACUUCUUUUCAAGUAAAAUUAACCGAAUAUGAUGAAAGCAAGAAAGUUGCACUUAUUAAAGAAAUCAGAAGCACAGUGGAAGGAAUGAACUUAGUACAGGCUAAGAAAUUUGUUGAAAGUUUACCCCAAGUUGUUAUACAAGACGUUGGCCAGGAAGAAGCAGAGACAGUGAAGAAAAAACUUGAGGCAGCAGGAGGUGUGGCACAGGUGGAAUAAAAUCAAAGGAUUUGAAAUACAAUGGAAAAAAAUAUGAGUUCUCACUGGAAUAAAUUUUUGUGGAAUGAUCAGAGACACAGGGAUUUUUCUAAAGCUUGAUGUGCAUUUUGGUCUUGAAUAAUACACACUCUUGUAAACCUUUGAGAGAACAAACAAGCAUCCA